CUUAAGGCUAGAUAAAAUCGACCAGACAUUGUUUAAAAACAAACUAAUAAAACGUCAUAGCCAGCGUUAGUAAAGCGGUCAGGGCAAUCUUUCUGCCUCCACAUAAGCCCCGCCCACAAAAAACGUCACAAUGUUUACUAUUUUAAAAAAGGGUCUAAUAAACAGCGUUGUAACUCUACAGCUGUCAGUCUGCUGGUUUAUACAGACAUUAAAUAAAGGCAUUUGAGGGUGUACUGAGAUGCAGCAUGAGAGGAAAAGAGGGGAAAGGAGAAGUUUGAGCUGUAACCCAGAGAACAAGUUUAAUACACCGGAGGAUUCCUUUCACUACACAACCAAACUCUACAACUCAACACAAUGGCUCUUAGAAGCGGAAGAAGCUGCAAAGAGAAGGUUCCUUACAGGGAUUUUAGUGCAGUGCCAGAGUCAGGAAGUCCUGCACAACGUCCAGAAAGUGCUACAGGUGACUAUGGGGAAAGAUUUCACCUAUGCCAGGAGUCGCGUUAAAGCCAGCGACACCGUUGGCCACUUUAAAACCUUAAUUCCAGAUGUGCGUUUACUCGGAAAGGAGAUGCUAGACACCUGGGAAUGGUUUAAGAACAGCACGGAUGUGACGAAAACCAAUUAUUUAUUUGGACUCUUGGCUUUUUGUGAUGCUGAGAUGUUGCACAUGUUGGGGAACCUGGCAUGUAUGCUGAUCGAGAAGCACAACCUACACCUUCUGCAAUGUAAAACAGUUUUGCCAAGCACUGAAAAGGACAGCAGUUCUGUGACUGAAUCAAAUGAAUCCUUCAGAACUAGUCAUGAUCUGGACCUUCUUGCCCGAGCUAGCUCAGUCCCUCAUGAAACCCGAGAUAAUACUGAAUCAGACCUUCUGGACACCAAAGGAUCUGGGUGGAGUGUUGUGGAGGAAAUAGAUUGGAAUGAUGUAAAAGAUCCGGCACUCAUGGUGGUGCCUAUAUCUUCCAGAUACAUGUCAGGAAUUUGCAAACAGCGAGACUUUAUUCGAGCACUUCCAGUCGGCCUCGCCAAGAGGAUUUUAGGCCUGUUGGAUAAAGAUACACUACAGAAGUGUAAACAAGUCUCCCAGCAUUGGCGGUACCUAACCGAGGAGACCAUUGCAGAGCAGAGCGUAAAAAAGAUGGUGGAGGAGCAGGCCAUGAUUUUGCAGGGAAUUCCUUCUGUAGUCAACCCUGCCUAUGCAAGGAUCCGCAAGGUCCUAGUGCCCUUCAGAUUAGGGGAGGUGUUCAUGCAGCCUAAGAAGAGUUUUCAAAAAUCUAAGGACAUCAGGGGCUUUGAAGCAGUCUAUACAAAGAUUAAAACCAAGGUUGUGGAGAUGGAAGAAAGGAACGUGUACUGUGGAGUCUAUAACAGUUUAAUCAUGCUGGACAGAGAAGACCACAGCAGAGUGAUCCAUUAUGAUGGAGGCAGUAAGGUGGUACUGGGAUCUAGGGACCGACUUGUGCGUCUUCUUGACAUGGUGCUGCUGAAGGAGGUUCCCCCGCGGAUGUAUGGCCAUGCAGGAAGUGUGAGAGCAGUGUUGGUGUGUGAGGAAAGAGAGUUGGUGAUCAGCGCCAGCUAUGAUCUCAGCAUCCGAUGCUGGAACAUGAAGACUGGUACAUGCAUGAUGCUAUUCUCUGGACACAUGGGCACCAUCACCUGCCUGGACCUGAACAGGAACUAUCUGGUCUCUGGAGCCAGAGACUGCAAAGUCAAAGUGUGGAACCUGCAGACUGGUCAGUGCUGUGACAGGAUGAGGUUUUGUCACCGAAAGCCUGUAGUGUGUGUGAAGACCGACUCGACUCUGGUGCUCAGCGGCUGUGAGGAAGGACUGAUCAAGAUGUGGGACAUGGAGACAGCAAAUCUUUUAAAGGUUACCCAGAGUCACCAGGGCUCUGUAAGGUGUCUGUUCCUUGACCAGUUUCACAUCUUGUCCGGAGGAUCAGACAGUAAGGUGCUGGCCUGGAGCACGGACCGUCAAUUCAAAAAGUGUCUUAUGACCUUCCAGCAUCCACGGGAAGUGGUAACGGUGUCUUCCCUCUUCUUGCGAGUUAUCACUGGCUGUGUGGACGGAAGGAUCCGGAUCUUUAACUUGCUCAGCGGAGACUGUUUGAGAGUCAUCAAAAUCGGCACAGAUGAAAGCCCUAUACGUUCUUUGCACACACAUCAUAAUACUAUUGUGGUGAACAGCAGCAGUCGGGUUUUGUCUCUGCAGUUUUCCGAGCAGCAGUGGGAUUACAGCGCGCCGCCGGAGCGGAUAAUGGAUCACACACUUCCUCAGCAUAAGAUCCCUGCUGCUUUACCAAGCUCAACUAAACCAAAGAAAAAUGAAAGGAGAUCCAGAACACUGUCUCUCUCCCAACGGAUGAGGAACCUCUCAGCUCCCAGCAUGCAUCACUUACAUGAAAAGCACUACCUGGCCCAGAGAUGUUUAAUGACCCCGAGUGAGAGAGCUGUGCGAGAGCGUUUGAGGAAGAAAAGCCCUCAUCAGUCUAUCACCCCCACCCAGGUUUUCCUAAAGGUCCGUCCGAGACGUCAGCCUGAGUUCAAAGGAUCUCCUUCUUCAGCUCAGAAAGCAUCAAAACGGUCACAUUCUGCCUCCAAACCCUCCUCAUUUGAAGGCAUGCUAAAAAUAUACACACCCCUGAAAACCGACAUGCAUCCCAGCAUCCCAUCUCCAGCAUUACUCCAGACUUUGCCUAAAUCUGCAUCCACACACCCCCAUACGGCCUGUGCCACCACCACCACUACCCAAGAACCUAGAAUUUCCUUCAUUAAGGGUGAAUCGAAGCAUCCAAGCCACCAUGUUGAUUUUGAGACUCCUGCGAGAUCUAGGCAAAUCCAUUGUCCACUGGAUCCAUUCCGAGAGAGCGGAGGUUUUCAGCUCAGGACAGACACCCAGCUGGAGGAAUACAAUCAGGCGCAGAUGCAGGCUAAUUUGUACACACUGCCAAAGGAAGGGAAGAAGAGGCAGUGCAGGGCAUCCUGGAGACUGAAAGUGAAAGUUGCUCCUGUUAAAGAUGCGUAACUGUGUGAGAUGCGUAACUUAUCUAAUAAGAUAAGGUGGUAUCAAAAAGGUUUGAGACUAGCGUGCCACAGAUUGCCGAUUGUCCUCCCUCGUUGGCCUUAAAACCUGGCAGUAGAACCCGGUAUUAACAGUCUGGCUCUUGCGGACAAAUUCUCGAUGCACAAUGCUGCGGAUGUCAAAAAAGACGAUGAGCAUGCACAUGGUGGAGCUGCAGACCUGCCUCGCCUUUUUUGGUUGUGAAGAUGAUUGGCUCUUUCACUGCGAAGACUGUUGCUUCGUCUCAGGGUCAACCUGUACGCCCAAGUUUCAUCAGCGGUAAUGAUCCUCGACUUGAAAACCCGGUCAUCCACUGCACGCUGACGGAGUUCUUGGCAUACAUUAAAGCGGUGUUCCUUCUGCUCCUGGGGACGAACUUGGAAUCAACACGAUGCAUGUUGAAAUCACUCGUGCGGAUCGCCUGGACUGUUCCAUAUGACACACUGGGGGUUGAGCUCAUUCUUCCUGAUCGUCUUCCAGUGAUGUGCUAACGCUCUUGAAGCGUGCAUGCCAUUCAACACACCUUGAACGACUGGUUGCAGCAUUGCUGUAAACUUGCAGUAUCAUGUCGAACGUCUCUGUGGCAGAUAUGCCCAGUUUCACACUGAAUUUCACGUUUGCUUUGUGUUCUAACUCGCUGUCCAUGAUGAAAUCUCAGACAUGGUAGCACCAGUUGCACAGCUCCCGAUGUACAUAGGACGAUGUCUUUCGACACACUGACUUAUUAAGUUCGGUGUUCCCUGAGACUGUGUGUGCAGCCUUGUGCUGCCAUCUAUUGGCAUGCUAUAGAACUAGUCUCCAAUUUUUUUUAUACCACCUCAUAUAACCAACUCCAGCAUAUUGGUAUAACACAAUACAAUGGUGAUUCCCAAGGCAAUGUACAGUAAUCCGCCGCUUUACGGGCGGUUCGAAUCUCACGCCCCCAGUUUUAUCGUCGAAUUGCAUUUGCCAUAUGAUUUGUUCUGCUGAUUUUCUUGCGGAUAACAUGAUAGACCAAAAAACUUAGAGGGAAUAGUUUUUAUGGAGUUUUAUGUUGAAAUAAUGACAUUUAUUAAUAAAAAUCAAAUGACUAUAUACUUGCAAAUGAUUUCUAUGUGUGUUUAAACUGUGUGGGAGGAUGAUUUAUGACAUUUUUGGGGUGGCGUCCGUUUAUCGUGGUUUUUCGGUUAACGCAAGCAGUUUUGGAACGAAACCACCGCAAUAAACGGGGGAUUACUUUACUCUAAAUUAGUGGUCACCAACCUAUUCGAAACUGAGAGCUAAUUCAAGGGUACUGAGAAAUAUGAAGGGCUACUUGUUUGGUACAAACUUCCUGAAUAAGAUAAAGUGGCACAGUUCACCUUUAAUAAUAAUAAUAGUAAUAUUCGUGUACAUGAAGUGACUGUCUGAUGUUAAUGUGAAUAAUUCCUCACAAUAAUUGAUUUACCAUGGUAGAAAAAACACAUAUUUAAACAUGCAACAUUAUUUCU